CGAUCGCCUGUAUUCAAAGUGCAUUAGCUCUACGAGAGAAAUUCGAAACGAUGCAUUUCUUGCGCCAGAGUAUAGACUGCGGGCGCGAACACCUUGACGCCAACGCAUGCGCAGUAUCCGAUUGCGCUUGUUGAUCGUGUUGUCAAUGACGCUCUUUCAAAUCUACACACAAACUUUCCUUAUGCUAAAUAUCUUAUAGUGCGACGUGUAGCUGGGAAAAUAAGAAGCAGGACAGUUGUCAGCUUAUGAUUAACCGGAUAUUGUUGAAUUAGCGCAACCGUUAAGGUUUUACCGAUAAGGCGAUUAUAAUAAUCCGUUAAAACAUGUCGAACCACAGUCUGUUAAACAAAGAAAGAGACUUCCUCGAGUUAAAUAAAGAGCUGGAAGAUAAGGUCAAGAGUUUGAUGGUAGAAGUAGACACGAUAAUCAGCAAGCAAGAAGAUGUCAUACGUAGUCCGAGACGACCUUCUUACAUGCGCUCAAGAAGGUACAAAAGCAAAUUAAAAGAAUCCCUGCCGACGACGGAAUCGGAUGAAGAGCAGUUAUCGGAUUCGAACGACGACGACGACGACCACGUGCCGGUAGAGGCGUUUUUGAAAAAUGGACAUUUCAAAGAGAGAACAAGCGAAGAGGGAUGCGAUUACGACGAUACCGAUGGCCACGACGGAUCGAGGAAAAAGAAAAAACGCUCGACGAAAGAAACUAUCAUUCGAUUCUUGAAGGCGCAAGUGACGAGGCUUCAGGCAGACCUGCAAGCUGCCCAAUACGAAAGUAAAAAGAAGACUGAGAGUUACAAGGAGCUAGAGGGCGAAAUUAAGAAACACGAGCAGAAAAGGGAGAAGCUCCAGAACCAAUUAGCCUCCCAGAAAGAGACUAUUCUCAAAGCCGAAGUAUCGAACAACGAGUUGCAGGCCAGAAUUCAAACUCAGAAUGCGGAAAUAGUUUCGCUUAAAAAAGAAAUCGAAAACUUGAAAAAAGAUCUGAAAUCUCUGAACCAAAUCUCGUCAAACAGUGAUCUACGGCUGAAUAGAAGCCUCGAGGAGAAUGAAAAAUUACGCUCCUCUCUGCGCACGAGUCAAGCCGAGGAAAAGGGAGCAAAUAAGAAAACUCCAGGAAGAGAAAAGGCUGGCCCUGAAAAACGCGGAAAAGCAGCGCACCGACAUAUUCCAGGCGUUCAAAAAGCAGACGCAACUCGUGGAUAAUUUGAAAAAGCAAAAAGCCUAUCUCGAGGCGAGCAAAGAAAUUCAGUUCAUCGAGGAAGACUUUACGAGACUAUUGGAAUGGAAACCCGAUAAGGUGUGAUGUCUGUGUGUCUGUUUGCCGUGCGAAUAAUUUCCGGAAAUGUAAUGAGAUUCGCGAGGGCAAAUAAUAGACGUCAAGUGCGUGUACGCGGUUCUCUUUUCGAACUGAAAAUUUCCGUUUUGUCUCCUCUCGUCGAAUUAUGAUUCGAUUAGCUUAUUGUCUAUGUGCGUGACUAUACUCGUCCAAGCGUUUUAUUGUAAUGAAAAGAAGUGCAAAGAAUAAAAGUCUGAUCACGGCGUGUACUUAA